UGAAAAAGUUUUAAUUACUUUUGAAUGGAAAUUCGUCAUUAGUAUGACGAAUUUCCAUUCACUCAAAAGCAGUGCGAAGUGAGAAAAUGAGAAUACUGAUAUCGAGGUAAAGGAUAACGGCAAAAUGAUGUCCCAACACCUGUCGAGCAUGUUCGAGCAGCUGGGCAACUUCACCAAGAACAACUUGACACAUAACAAGGUGAAGGAGAAGGAGAAGACCACCUCCAACCACGUCAGCCAGCCCUCGUCCUCGCCCAAGCACGGAGAGAAGACGCCGCUGAAGAAACCUUGCAAACUGCGCAACGUCGCGUCGAAAGCGGAGUCCUACGAUACGUUAUACAGCAACAGCAGUUUGCCGACGCUAUGCAACGAGAAGGCGUGUCUGGGCAGCCUGAUGGCGAUCCCCGGACGCGGGGACGUGCCCCGCAGCCCGGAGGAGGUGCUCACAGACGCCAGAGACUUCCUGGGACAGUACUUCGCCAGCAUACGACGUGCCAACACCCCCGCGCACGAGGCUCGCUGGAAGGCGGUGCAGGAGGAGGUGGCUCGUACCGGCACCUACCAGCUCACCACCACAGAGCUGGUCUUCGGAGCCAAGCUCGCCUGGAGAAACGCCAGCCGCUGCAUAGGCCGGAUACAGUGGUCUAAGCUACAGGUAUUCGACUGUCGGCAAGUGACCACGACAAGCGGCAUGUUUGAGGCGCUGUGCAACCACAUCAAAUACAGCACCAAUAAAGGAAACAUCAGGUCGGCCAUAACGCUGUUCCCCCAGCGGACGGACGGCAAACAUGACUAUAGGAUAUGGAACAGCCAGCUCAUCAGCUAUGCCGGCUACCGGCAGCCGGACGGGACCGUGCUCGGAGAUCCGAUGCAUUGCGAGUUCACUGAGCUCUGCCUGAAACUCGGCUGGAAGCCUGCCCGUACGGCGUGGGACAUCCUACCGCUGGUCCUGUCCGCCAACGGCAAGGAUCCCGACUACUUCGACAUCCCACGAGAAUUAGUCAUGGAGGUCCACAUGACGCAUCCCACGUAUGAAUGGUUCCAAGAGCUGCAGCUGCGGUGGUACGCGGUGCCGGCGGUGUCCAGCAUGCGCUUCGACUGCGGAGGCAUCGAGUUCACCGCCAACGCCUUCAACGGCUGGUACAUGAGCACCGAGAUCGGCUGCCGGAACUUCUGCGACGCCAACCGAUUAAAUAUGCUGGAGACAAUAGCCCAGAAGAUGGGUCUGGACACCCGGACGCCGGUCACCCUGUGGAAGGACCGCGCGCUGGUGGAGGCUAACGUGGCGGUGCUGCACAGCUUUCAGCAGCACAACGCCACUAUCGUCGACCAUCACACCGCUGCUGAGAGCUUCAUCAAACAUCUGGACAACGAGAACAGACUGAGGUCUGGCUGCCCAGCAGAUUGGGUUUGGAUAGUACCGCCUAUGUCCUCGUCGAUCACCCCAGUUUUCCACCAAGAGAUGGCACUGUACUAUCUAAAACCUUCCUACGAAUAUCAGGAACCGGCGUGGAAGACCCAUCAGUGGCAGAAGUCAAAGCCGAUCACCGGGAAGAGGCCUAUUAAUAGGAAAUUCCACUUCAAACAGAUCGCACGGGCUGUUAAAUUUACAUCUAAACUUUUUGGAAAAGCACUCUCAAAGAGGAUUAAAGCUACAGUGCUGUAUGCCACGGAGACAGGCAAAUCUGAGCAGUACGCCAAAGAGUUAGGAGUCAUUUUCGGUCACGCUUUCAACGCCCAGGUACAUUGUAUGGCAGACUAUGACAUAACUUCUAUUGAGCACGAGGCUCUGCUGUUGGUUGUGACGUCCACUUUUGGUAACGGAGACCCUCCGGAAAAUGGUGUGGCAUUUGGUGAACACCUUUGUGAAAUAUUAUACGCGGAUCAAGUCGGGGAAGACGGAAGCGUUAACUCACAAAAUAUGUUAACAACAAAAUCGUUUAUCAAAGCCAACAGUCAAAUAGAAUUGCAGAGAUACGCAGUAAAUAAUCCAAAACAACUCAGCCGAUUGGAGUCCCUAAAAGGUAGCGCAACAGACACCGUCUCAAUCGACAGUUUCGGCCCGCUCAGCAACGUGCGGUUCGCCGUGUUCGCGCUCGGCUCCAGCGCUUACCCCAACUUCUGUAAUUUCGGCAAGUACGUGGACAAGCUACUGGGCGACCUCGGCGGGGAACGAAUCCACGACCUUGCGACCGGCGACGAAAUGUGCGGGCAAGACCAGGCUUUCCGGAAGUGGGCCUCUAACGUGUUUAACGUUGCAUGUGAAACGUUCUGUCUGGAUGACGAUGAAACUCUUCAGGAGGCGAAACGCGCUCUAGGCACUGUUGCUCUAAGCGAGGAAACUGUGCGGUUCGCUCGCGUAUCGGGCAAACCUCUCCCCAUACCUACAGCAUUACAGUCUGCCUUCAAUCGACAACUGGUGUCGUGUAUUGUUAAGGCUAAUAAGGAUCUAGGAGACUCCACGGCAGAACGAUCGACAAUUUUCAUAGAUAUGGAACCUAAGGAUGAAAUAACCUACGAUCCCGGUGACCAUGUUGGCAUACUGGCGUGUAAUCGCAAGGAGCUAGUGGACGGACUGUUAGCUAGGUUCAAAGACGUAGACGAUUAUGACGAGCCCUUACAGUUGCAACUAUUGAAAGAAACACACACUUCGAGCGGACCCGUUAAAUCCUGGGAGCCUCACGAGAGAUUACGAGCGGUCAGCGUUCGGGACCUGUUCACUCGGUUCCUGGACAUCACGACGCCCCCAACUACGAUACUGUUACAGUACCUGGCCACGACCUGCGACGACAACGAUGAGAGGAGACAACUAACAUUUCUGGCUUCGGAUCCAGCAGCAUACGAAGACUGGAGACACUUCCAGUUCCCCACACUUCUGGAAACCCUCGACCAGUUCCCAUCAGCAAGACCCAGCGCGUCACUCCUCGCAGCACUGCUGUCCCCUCUGCAGCCCAGGUUCUACUCCAUCUCGUCGUCUCCCAUUGCUCAUCCCAGGCGUUUACACCUUACUGUUGCAGUGGUCACAUAUAGGACUCAAGAUGGCGAAGGACCAAUUCACUACGGUGUUUGCUCGAAUUAUCUCAUGGAUCGCAAGCCCGGUGACGAAGUCUAUUUGUUCAUUAGAAGCGCACCUAAUUUCCACCUACCAAACGACCUGUCGGUGCCACUUAUACUGAUAGGACCUGGGACUGGUAUCGCCCCAUUCCGUGGUUUCUGGCACCAUCGACGCGCCUUCAUCACCAGUCGCUCCAACUCAAAUGCUGGCCCGGUCUGGCUAUUCUUUGGAUGCAGGACGAGGACCAUGGACUUGUAUAGAGAGGAGAAGGAGCAAGCAAUAAGAGAGGGAGUACUGACAAAAGUAUUUUUGGCAUUAUCAAGAGAGAAGAACAUUCCUAAGAUGUACGUGCAAGAAUUGGCUGAACAAGAGGGACCCGAGAUUUACGACUUGUUGAUCAACAGAGGAGCUCACUUCUACGUGUGUGGAGAUUGCAAGAUGGCAGAAGAUGUGCAUCAGAAACUAAAAGGGAUCAUCAAGAAACACGGGAACAUGACCGACGAGCAAGUACAGAACUUCAUGUUUAUUUUAAAGGAGGAGAACAGAUACCACGAGGACAUAUUCGGCAUCACGCUGCGCACGGCGGAGGUGCACAGCGCGUCCCGUGAGUCCGCACGCCGCAACCGCGUCGCGCUGCAGCCCUGACGCCGGUCCUCGCGCUUUCAGGGUGCUCCGCCCUCGGUCUACCCCAACAUCAUCAACUAAAGACUAUGUGAUUCAAGUGAAGUGUGACAGUGAGCUGCGUACGCGCUAGGCUUAUAGGCAAGACAGCAUUAGGCGACACUACGCUGCAGCGGUGCGACGCGACACUUCAUCGUUCCAUGGUAAUG